AUGCCUUUCACCGCUAGCGACAUCAUCAAGAUCAUCUUCGCCAUCAUCCUCCCUCCUCUCGGUGUCUUCCUCGAGCGUGGUUGCAAUGCCGAUUUCCUCAUCAACAUCGUCUUGACCAUCCUCGGUUACAUUCCCGGUAUCAUCCACGCUCUGUACAUUAUCUUCAAGUUUUAG